GGGCUCCUUAAGGGCGGGUGGUUGGGUCGUAACUACUGUUAAACGGCGGAGGCUCUUGGGCGGCCAGGCUCGGUAACAAUAAUCUGGCGGAAGCGUUGGCCACUUAGUGCCUACCGCACGGGUCUGCUCUUUUUGCCACCUCCGCCGUCCCCACCUCUUCCCGGGUGAAGUCACCUUUGCGUUUCGAGACUUUGGGGCCUGAGGCCCAAACUCGACACGAACCCUUGCCAUCCCCACUUCCCACUCAUUCUCCGUCUUUUCCUUUGCGCCACCAACCACAUCAUUCAGCUUUUGAGGUGGCCAACUCGGCUGUGCCUUGAGGCCAAGUUUGAGGUGGUUAAGGUGUGGGGAAAACAGCCCCCCCAGUGGACAAAGGCGGAGGCAAGAAUAGAGCAGGCCUCGCGGCCACAGGCAAUAAAAAUAAGCGACUGAGGGUGUGAACAAGGAAAAAGAAAAAAAAAGAGAGAAAGUACUACGGUCUAGAAAGAACUGGAAAGGACUUGUUGCACGAUGGAAGAAUCUGACUCUGAGAGAAAGAUGGAGAAAGAGAAUCUGGGGCCAAGAAUGGGUCCUCCCAUAGGGGAACCGGAAGGAUCGCUUGGGUGGGUGCUACCAAAUACAGCCAUGAAGAAAAAGGUGCUGUUAAUGGGUAAAAGUGGGUCUGGUAAGACCAGCAUGAGGUCUAUUAUCUUUGCAAAUUAUAUUGCCCGAGACACACGUCGCCUUGGUGCAACAAUACUAGACCGUUUACAUAGUCUUCAAAUUAAUAGCAGUUUGAGCACCUACUCUCUCGUAGACUCUGUUGGAAAUACAAAGACAUUUGAUGUAGAACAUUCUCAUGUUCGAUUUCUGGGAAACCUGGUAUUGAACUUGUGGGACUGUGGUGGACAGGAUACCUUCAUGGAAAAUUAUUUUACUAGCCAACGAGAUAACAUCUUCCGAAAUGUGGAGGUUCUGAUAUAUGUGUUUGAUGUGGAAAGCCGUGAACUGGAAAAAGACAUGCACUAUUACCAAUCAUGCUUAGAAGCCAUUCUGCAGAAUUCUCCAGAUGCGAAAGUUUUUUGCUUGGUACACAAAAUGGAUCUGGUACAGGAGGAUCAACGGGACCUGAUUUUUAAAGAGCGAGAAGAAGAUCUAAGGCGUUUGUCUCGCCCAUUGGAAUGUUCUUGUUUCCGAACAUCUAUCUGGGAUGAAACUCUUUAUAAGGCUUGGUCCAGCAUUGUUUAUCAGCUGAUUCCCAAUGUUCAGCAGCUGGAAAUGAACCUACGGAAUUUUGCUGAAAUUAUUGAGGCUGAUGAAGUGCUUUUGUUUGAAAGAGCUACUUUUCUGGUGAUUUCUCACUAUCAGUGUAAAGAGCAGCGUGAUGCCCACAGAUUUGAGAAAAUCAGCAACAUUAUUAAACAGUUUAAGCUGAGCUGUAGCAAACUAGCUGCUUCUUUUCAGAGCAUGGAAGUCAGGAACUCUAACUUUGCUGCUUUCAUUGACAUCUUUACAUCCAACACUUAUGUGAUGGUCGUGAUGUCUGAUCCAUCCAUUCUCAGACAUUGCUUUGGCUACCUGUACUUAUUCUGUUGGCUGUCUCCUCCAUCCCUACCCUCAGCUUCUGCAGCUACUCUGAUCAACAUCCGCAAUGCCAGAAAACACUUUGAAAAGCUGGAAAGGGUGGAUGGACCAAAGCAGUGUCUUCUCAUGCGCUAAACAUUGCCAAAUGUUGUUUCAAAAAACUUAGAGAUACUGUUUCUUAAUCUUAAGGUAUUCAUAUAUGUAGGCUCUGAACUGUGAUGCUUACCACUUCUGUAUUUCUUUCUUACUCUCUAGUCUUAAUGUUUAACCUUGAAUGCUGUUUACUAAAAUAGCCAGUAAGAAGUUAGAAGAUGAGCUGUUCAUGGACUUGAUGUGACAUAAAAUUAUGUGAUAUGUAAGUGUUCUGAUAACAAGAUUCUAAUAGUGUGUGUUCUGAUAAACUGGUUCUAAUAGUUGUGUAUGCCAAAGCCUUUCCCAACAUCAUCUUCUUUUCCUUAUCCAAUAAUAAUCUGUAAGUUUGGAAUAUUACUGUUUUCUCAGCAUGCAUUAAAAAUAUUACUUAACUUCAACUAUAAAUAAACAUUUGCAGUUAGGGA